AUGGCGAGGAAUCCCCCGAAUCCGUUUGGAAGAGGCUAUCUCAGGCUCUAUGUUCUCUGUGGCAUCUGCUUCCUGAAUUCGACUAUGAUGGGUUUUGAUAGCUCGCUGAUGGGGUCCAUAAAUACCUUACCAAGCUAUACGAAGUACUAUGGUCUGCCGGAGCAUGGAACAGCCUCUACUGGAAUAGUGUUCGCCAUCUUCCAGAUUGGACAAAUGACCGCAGCGCUCUUUGUCUGGAUGGCCGACUGGCUUGGAAGGCGAUAUUUCAUCUUUAUUGGAACCACCGGCGUGAUCAUAGGUGCCAUAGUUACUGCCACUGCGAAAACGCUGCCAGUUUUCAUCGCAGGCCGUUUCUUGUUGUCCUUUUUCGCCACUUGUGCUUGCAGUGCGUCGCCUUUGUAUCUGGUUGAGAUUGCGCCGCCUUUGUAUCGCUUGUACAAUACCUUCUACUUUAUUGGCUCUAUCCUUGCCACGUCAUCUGUAUAUGGUACACAUCUACAUCUUCAAAACAGAGGAACGUUGGACUUCCGUCUUCCGUUGUGGCUGCAGAUGUUAUGUCCGGCAAUCGUUUCCUUGGUCGUUUUGUUCUUCCCUGAAUCGCCACGAUGGCUGGUUGCAAAGGACAGGCACGAAGAAGCGCUCAGUUUCCUGGUGACAUACCACGCGAACGGUGUUGCUGAUCAUCCGCUGGUAAAGCUUGAGAUGGAUGAGAUGAUAGCGUCGUUGAGGAGUGAGCCACCACCGUCAUGGAGUAAUUACUUUGACAUGCGUACUCUCUUCAAGACACGGGCUAGGCGGUACAGGACUAUGCUGAACAUGACGUUUGCAUGGUUCGGUCAGUUCUCUGGUAACAACAUCGUCUCCUAUUACCUGCCAUAUCUCGUCGCGAACGUCGGAAUCCGAGACACCGAUACUAAACUCCUCCUUAACAUCAUUUACGCGCUCGUUGGCUGGAUUUUCUCGACGGCAGGGUGCCGCUUCCACGAUAUCCUUGGGCGCCGCAAGAUGCUACUAGGUAGCACUGCUGGGAUGAUUGUAAGCUUAGCAAUCACAGCUGGGUGUGCGGCUGGCUACGUCAACACAGGGAGCGUUGCCUCGUCCUCUGCGUCGAUAGCAUUCAUCUACAUCUUCGGUGCUAUCUUUGCAUGGGCAUACACCUCUAUGCAGCCCAUCUACCCAGCCGAAGUCAUGGGCAACGACAUGCGUGCCAAAGGUAUGGGAACCUACAAGAUCGUCGGAGGUGCAGCAGGCUUCCUCAACACAUUCGUCGGGCCGAUCGCGCUGCGCAAUAUCGGGUACUGGUUCUACGUAUUCUUCGUGUUCUGGGAUUGCUUCCAGUUUGUCUUCAUGUACUUCUUCUUUGUCGAGACAAAGGGGCUCACGCUCGAGGAGCUGGAUGAGAUUUUCGAGUCGAAGAACCCGAGGAAGGCGAGCACGGAUGUGAAGUGGCUGCAGCGUCGCACGCUUGUGGGUUCUGAUGGCGAGAUUAUUGAAGAGACGAAGCAGAUGUGCUGA